AUGUGCCAGCAAUCUAUUAUUCGAUGAGGCUAUGUGAACUAACAUGCUCAGCACGGCAUUAUUCAUAUGAAUGCAAGUCGUCCACGCAAGAACGGCCAUAUGUCUCUCGGCCUUCGCGCUCACAACAGCUUCGCAAUCCCAAACUCGUCCCUAAGCUGACAAGUGAUACUCCAAACCCUUUAGAAAAAAGGUGAGCAGCAUGUAACUUUGCUAGGACAGACCAAACAGCUAACACCGUCACAGGAAGGGUGUUGCGGAUGAAGAGCUUGCCAAAAUAGAGGCUGAGCGGGAAAGGAAGCGAGAGCUUGAGGAGCGCGAGGAUGAGUUGCUAGAUGCAGGCUCGAGGCGCCGAAGAUCAGUGUCUUCACACUCAGUAUCAACUAUCUCUACAGAUGCCUCACGAGACUCUCGCUCUCCACCUCCUAGGCGAAGAACUAGGUCUCCUACUCCUGAUCGACGGGGACACAGCCCCGAGUCAGCGAGUGAUCGCAGCUACAGCCGGAGCCCGUCGCCUCCGCGACGAGAGCGGCGUUCAGUAUCGCGCGAUAGCCAAUCACCUUUGCGUGAGGAUCCCCAGCAAGGAGAUAGAAAUCGACAGGGACAGUCCCCUUAUGACCGAAGAGAUGAUGUUUCGCCCCCUCGACAGCGCCAGCGUGACCAAGAGGCAGGACGGCGCCACGGCAGGCGACGAAGCUGGUCAGGUUCACGAUCGAGAUCACCGCAGCGAGAUGACCGACCAUAUCGAAGGCGAGAUGAUCACGGCCCCCAGCGUCACGGGCGUCGCGGCGGGCGUGGUGAAGGGCAAGGGAGAGCACCGCCUAGAGAGGCGCCCCGAGAGCGAAGUCUGA